UGUGUGUGUGUACGUGUUUGUGUGUUUCUGCUGCAUGUUCACUGUGUGAAGGGCAGGGACUGGGCAGUUACUAUAACAGUAAUUUUUCAAAUGUGUAUCAGAGCAACAUAUUCAUUGAUAAAUGUAAAACAAAUUAUUGAAUGUAGAUAUUCCCAAUAAAACUGAACGCAAUUCGAUGUGCCUCGCAUGAUCCAAUUCAAAAGGAUUCUCUUGUCAUGGAAAUGAUAUUCCACAAAUUAUUUUGGGGUAACAUUUACUUAUCUAUUCUGCCCUCUAGCAGUUUUACGUUGAAAUAGCACAUGCUUUAAACUAAAUGAACGUUUGUUUCAACCUAAGGGUAAGUGACGCGCAAUACAAGACACUAAAAAAAAAAGGUAUGUCAUGUUUUUGUAGCCAAACAAGAUUUCCAUGAAUAUUGAAAUGAUCCGUACAAAUUUUACACUUACCGGUAUAUUAAAACAUUUUAAAUGCGUCACUGGAGCUUUCUCAAAUACCAUUAUGUGCUUUCUGAAUAUUGAUAUCGGCAUUUGCAAUGGGGGAAUUUAAGCCUAUGGGUGAUUAGAAUACACGUUAUCAAGUCCCACCUCUACAUCUUGACAUCAGAGGCGCGCGUAAACGGAGAGCAGUCGGGAGGGGGUCUCCACACCGCGCGUGCGGCCGGCAUCACUCAGCUAGAAUUCAACUUCCAGCGCAGUCUGACCUGUUUGUCUCUUCAAUCAAUGCAAUCUGAGCCGCUUAAAUUCUCCUGAACACUGGGUAUUGUUUCAUCGCAGUAAAAUACUUAAGGCUUCAGGCUGGUCACUAUGGGAAUGUUUUCAGCAGAAGUGAUGUGAUUUGGUUUCAGAUGGAUUCGCACCUCAAGCCUGGACCACAUCAACGGAUUUCGUUUUUAUUUAGAUCCAUCAUUUAUACUGAGGAGAGUCUUUGGACUUUCUUAGUGAACUUCGGAUAGGAUUUUUGUAUUUUAUCAGUGUAAGAACCCCCUUUAACGAGUCAGAGAUUAUAUGAUAACUUUCUGUCUGUUUUAGAAAAACCUUUGAUCCGCCUCUUAUUUUCUGGAUGCUGCGUAAUUAUCUUAAACUUCAAUCAGUUAGCAGCAAUCAGAAGACUGGCGCGUGACUCCCUAUAGGCAAGAGCCAGUUAUCGAAGUCUUCAACAGACGGUCUUCUUACUCUCAGAUCAGGAAGCUUUAUUUUGUAUACAUGAACUGCAAAGACAGGAACUAUGUAACGUUCCUGAAGUGUAUUAUCAGUGGACGUCCUAAAACCAAUGAUGGUGGCUGUAAACGGAUUAAUCAAAUCUCCUUUACAGUGAUGUUUUGCGCGCCCAACAGUUCUGCAAAAAUGCCAUGAGAACGGAGAGCGGUAGGGCAAUUAAAUCAACUCCUCGAGGCUGGCACCUGUUCUCCGAAAAGAGGGGAUGGAGCGCGUCCAAUGCUACCUGUUCUCAGUGAGGACAACUUUACUCUGUCUCUUCCUCUACAAGACAUCCUGGACCUAUGAGAAGACUCACUCUCACGCCGAGGACGAACUCUUCAAGAAGCUCUUUAUCGGUUACAACAAGUGGUCCAGGCCCGUACCAAACACCUCUGACGUCGUCAUCGUCAAGUUUGGCCUCUCCAUAGCCCAGCUCAUUGACGUGGAUGAGAAGAACCAAAUGAUGACAACCAACGUGUGGCUAAAGCAGGAGUGGAACGAUUACAAACUUCGAUGGAAACCGUCAGACUAUGACAACGUGACGUCCAUUCGAGUGCCUUCAGAACUCAUCUGGGUGCCUGACAUUGUUCUGUACAACAAUGCUGACGGAGAGUUUGCCGUGACCCACAUGACCAAAGCCCACCUGUUCUACACGGGCCAGGUGCGCUGGGUGCCCCCGGCCAUCUACAAGAGCUCCUGCAGCAUCGACGUCACCUUCUUCCCCUUCGACCAGCAGAACUGCAAGAUGAAGUUCGGCUCGUGGACCUACGACAAGGCCAAGAUCGACCUGGAGCGCAUCGAGAACACGGUGGACCUGAAGGACUACUGGGAGAGCGGUGAGUGGGCCAUCAUGAACGCCGUGGGCACCUACAACACCAAGAAGUACGACUGCUGCCACGAGAUCUACGUGGACAUUACCUACUACUUCAUCAUCCGCCGGCUGCCUCUCUUCUACACCAUCAACCUCAUCAUCCCCUGCCUGCUCAUCUCCUGCCUGACGGUGCUGGUGUUCUACCUGCCGUCCGACUGCGGCGAGAAGAUCACCCUCUGCAUCUCGGUGCUGCUCUCGCUCACCGUCUUCCUGCUGCUCAUCACCGAGAUCAUCCCGUCCACGUCGCUGGUGAUCCCGCUGAUCGGCGAGUACCUGCUCUUCACCAUGAUCUUCGUCACGCUCUCCAUCAUCAUCACCGUCUUCGUGCUCAACGUGCACCACCGCUCGCCGGGCACGCACAAGAUGCCGAUCUGGGUGCACGCCGUCUUCCUGGACCUCAUCCCACGCUUGCUCUUCAUGCAGCGGCCCGCGCCAGACGGGCAGCGCCGACGGAGGCUCCUGCUGCUCCAGCAGCCCCAGCACGAGCGGCACCAUGCCCACGAGGACAGGGCAGCGUCGGAUGCCAGCGGGGGGUUCCUGCUCUCGCCCAGUGUGCAGCGGGCGCUGGAGGGGGUGCACUACAUCGCAGACCACCUACGAGCGGAGGACGCUGACUUCAGUGUGAAGGAAGAUUGGAAGUACGUUGCCAUGGUGAUAGACAGAAUCUUUCUGUGGAUGUUUAUUAUUGUCUGUCUGCUUGGCACCAUUGGGCUCUUUUUGCCACCCUGGCUUGCGGGCAUGAUCUAG